UUUCUGCAUCACGCCAAUUGUCGUCAUUCCUUCACAGAUCAAACUUAUUCCAUCCCAAUUUAUCAGAAACAUAUAUUUCCUCUCAUGCCCACAUAGUUUUCUUUAGAAUCUACCUAGUAUACAAGAACUCAAAAGCGAUCAAGAGAGAUGAUUUCAUUUGGUAAGGCCUUUUACAAUGUGGGGUUUUGGGUUCGGGAGACAGGGCAAGCACUCGAUCGACUGGGUUGUCGCCUUCAAGGAAAUUACGUGUUCCAGGAACAAUUAUCAAGGCAUCGCCCUCUUAUGAAUCUCUAUGACAAAGUUCCAAAUGUAGCCAAAGAUGUGUUUGUGGCUCCCAGUGCAUCUUUGGUUGGAGAUGUGAAAGUUGGGCAAGGGUCAUCUAUUUGGUAUGGGUGCAUUCUUAGAGGUGAUGUUAAAAGCAUUACAGUUGGGUCCAAAACUAAUAUACAGGACAACACCCUGGUUCAUGUGGCAAAAACAAAUAUUGGUAGAAGUGUCCUUCCUACCGUCAUUGGUAGCAAUGUUACCAUUGGUCACAGUGCUGUAUUGCAUGGCUGCACUAUUGAGGAUGAGGCGUUUGUGGGAAUGGGUGCAACUUUACUUGAUGGAGUAGUUGUAGAAAAGAAUGCAAUGGUUGCUGCUGGAGCGCUUGUGAGGCAAAAUGCCCGUAUACCAACUGGCGAGGUCUGGGGAGGCAAUCCUGCAAAAUUUCUAAGGAAGCUCACUGAUGAAGAAAUUGCAUUUUUUCCUCAAUCAGCAUCAAACUAUUCUGAUUUAGCAGAAGCACAUUCAAUUGAGAAUGCUAAAAGCCUUGAUAUUACUGAAGCUGAGAAGAUCAUGCAUAAUGGGCUUCCAGAGAGAAUUGAUGAGGGCUCUCCUGAAUUGCUUAGUUCAGAGGCUGACACAAAAAGCACUUGAUGAAAACUGCAAUGGGGAAUUCCUGAAGCAAUAAAAUAAGUGGAAGCAUACUUUCCAACUAUAGAGGGUGGCGUCUUUGCAUGGACUGUAAACAAAUUUGUUUUGAAUGUGUUUUUCAUGACCCCUCUGCAUGGAACAUGGUGCAGCAAUGAAGAUUCAUAUUGUGUGAAUUUUGGAUCUCUCUUGUACUUACAAAAAUCUUAAUGGUUGGCUCAUUCAUCUCUUUUUCAUUUUGCUCUGCUACAUUUUGAUCUCUGAUAAUAUGAAGAAUUUUACAUUUUUGUUCCAAUUUAUCCUUUUCAUUAAGAAUUGUAACAGAUUUUGGAUGUCGGAGUAUUACUUCCAAUUCCAGUCAUUUAUGUCAUUUUAAAUUUUCUUUC